CUUUAGUAAAGAUAACCACCGACGUCAAUUUGUCAAGUCACCGUUCUUCAAACCUUCAGCCUCGUCAGCUUUUUGACCAACAAUUAGUGAAUCAGAACGAUUACCACCGCAGAAAAUCCGACUCGCGACUCAAUCAGGAUUAUUUUGCCGACUAUAUGUACCCACCAGGCCCAUUUCUUCAGGCACCUAAAAACACUAUUCCAAGAUGGAGAUGGACGUAGAUAUGAUGAUGUCGGAGCGUAUGCCCGAGACGGGACCUUCACGCGACCACACUCAAUCGAAGAUGGAAUGGGCUAGAUUUCUUAGCCGAUGCAUCUCCUCUCGCCUCGAUCCAGAAACCUUCGAUAAUUAUAUCACCCUGCUGUACUCGAAGCAUCCGUUGCCUCCAGCAAUCAUCGCCGACAUCUUCUUGAGACCUCAACCUGCGAACCACGAAAGCCUAGACCCUCGUAUUCCACGUUAUAUCCAUGUGCUUGCGUCGCGCAAGCUUAUCGACACACCUUCCGUGCUUAAGGCGCUAUAUAAAUAUUCGACUUCCCACGUACAAGCCCAGAAGACUGGCCACCCUCUUCCCGAGGAUCCUGAGGACAAGGCCCCGUUGAGAUGGGGAAGCUCAUACGCGUCAGAAGAGGUAGUCUUCUACCGCAUCACGAAAGCGGUCGCCAUAGGCACUGGUAUUGAGAAUGCCGGUGAUGCUCUCCAAAUUUGCAAGCUGAUAGCCAAGUGGAUGACGCUGUUCACUUUAGCCUCGGAGGCGUUUAACCACGAAGCCAUGGGUCUGGGUCAACUACAUGGUGGCCAUUUGCAAAGUCCACAAUCCAGAGAUGAAAUGGAGGCGGCGAGAGCCGCUUUUGUGAUGCUUCUAUUAGGAAUUUGUGAAAACCAGACGGUCCUGAGCGCACUCAGCCGCCCGUUUGCUAAGAACGCGCGAAGAGCUCUAUCAGAGAGCCUCGCUAGCUUUAUCCCUUCUAUUAUACAGAGCGCGUCGCAGAUAGCAACUCGGCUCGAACUGUUUCGUACCGAGACUCUAGCUUCGUUUGAGCCGGCCGACAAGAACAAGGAUGCUACCAACACCGUAAUGGAUGACCUUGAAUCGUCUAUGGCUCUAGAGAACUUCGUCGUCGCUGAAUUGCCAAAUGUCAAUUCUCGAGCUGGCUUAUAUAUAUACUUAAACGCCAAUCUUGUUGGGCGGCCGCUCCUAGACGAUACUGCUCUCUUUAACUAUCUUCAUAAUAGAUACCAGGGAGAUAUUCAAUCUACCACGAUUGAUCUUAUCCUAGCCUCAUUUGACAUCCUUGCGAAUGCGGUAUUUCGCAAUGAGGGUCAACAGGCUAGCCACGUCCUUCGAUCAUAUCUAAUCAACAAGUUGCCUUUACUGCUGGCGACGCUGGCAACAUCUAUGUAUCCCCCGUUGUCAGCACAGUUCUGUAUCACAGAGGCGCUCAGCCAGGUUGACACAAAUGCGUUUCCGACUCUAUCUGCCAUGUUUGAUGACACAAAUAAUAACAACAACACGUUUACAGAUAGCGUUCGACAAGACUUUUGUUUCGCCUGUUGUCUUCAUGAUUUGAUUCCAGAGUCGAGCAUCGAAGGUCUACUUGGGGAAAUAACUUAUCAGACUCUUCCAUUGGCAGGUCGAUAUGUCAAAGGACAUCUAGUUGAGGAGUGUGUGGGUGAUCCCGAAAGGAUUCCCAAGCUAAUCGGUGAAUUGGACAAUAUGGAUGGUAACGUCGGAGCAGCUUGUCAGGCCCUAGCAGAGGUGAUCGGUCGCCUGUGCCACAACAAGGAGACCAUGACUCUGAAGCUUCUCUGCGGUCAGCUUGCUAAGAAGCCGCUGUCGCUGGAUGUUAUGCUCCUAUUUGACAAGCCAAUAACAAUACUGCAUCCCCUUUGCGAGUUACUUGACAACUGGCGGUACGAAGAAGACCAAGGCGAAUACCAACCUGUCUACGAAGAGUUUGGGUCUAUACUUCUUCUAGUUUUGGCCUUCGUCUACCGUUACAACCUUUCCCCUAUGGAUCUUGGCAUUCGUUCAGAUUCAUUCGUGGCUAAGCUAUUGGGCGUCAGCCAGCUUAACAGACCGCUGAGUGAACUGACAGAGCAGGAAAACCGUCACCUUGGACGAUGGAUUCAUGGUCUCUUUGAUACUGAAUCUGGUGGACUGGCAGAUGAAUUACUAUCGUCGUGUCCUCCACAAGACUUUUAUCUACUGGUUCCUACGCUAUUCCACCAGAUCGUGCUUGCGUUUAGCACGAACUACCUCGACGAAGAAAGCCUAAAGAUUGGUGUCGAGUAUUUUGUCAAUACCUUUUUACUCCCAUCUCUCGUGCCGGCAAUUCUAUACAUGUCUAAUCAACUCUGGAUAGAGCUUAGUAACAUUAAUCACAAUGCGGAGCAUAAGGCAGUCCUGAAGAUUUUGCAACUGAUCCUCUUGACAAAGCAGGGAUCUACUGAAUCCCAAGCGAUGCUCGCUUCGGUUGUGAACAUAAUCGCGAUACCGUUGGAGUAUGGUCUAAGAUCGUAUCAAAGAUUCGACCCUAAAAGUCCAGCCAUAGAGCCUCUUCUUAAGGCGAUGAGGGAUAACCUUCGGCUUUCGCGACGAACAGCUAGUGCCCCUAAUAACGAGCUGGAGGCAUGGACGCAGACAGCGAACGGAGGUCUCACGGCGUUGAUUCGGCACAUGAUACAAGGUUUCGUGACGUGGAGUGCCCAUCCAGGUCUCAAUGUUAUGCCGACUUCCUAUACGCACCGUCAAAUUCUAGUCGCGUUGAAGAUGCACGGCGCGAAGCGAUUCCUUUACACCAUCUUAGAAGAGGUUAAGUCGCACACAGAGGCUGGCCACGGAAGCAUCGCUCAUGAUGUGGCCACGGCCCUCAUAUGCGCUCCCGACGUAACCAACAUGCCGCCACCAGGGGAAACCGCGCUGUUGAUGGAUUCUUCAAACCACCCCGUAGUGCCACCGCAACUCCGGAUCUCGCUCCGCGCGGCGCUGAAGGCCGAGGCGGAGGACUGCAAAACGAUCCAGAAAUCGGACCCCGUUAUGGCCGAGAUCAUUGUCCGCCUGUACCGCAAGGUCGAGGCGCAAAUGCACGUCCCCCCGCCCACGGAGUCCAUGCUGCAAGGUGAGCUGGCGAACCUAGGCUUAGGCGAGAAUGCCGCGGCACUCGGCGACGCGCUGGCUGCUGCGGCACAAAAUGAUGGCUUGCAGGAUGAGGCGAGCAUGAGCUUGGACCUCGGGGGUGGAAGUGAUAUGGGACAUCUCGGCGGAGAUUCAGGUCACGGCGGGCUCGAUUUCGGAAGCGCUGAUGAUAUGUUCGGCGGCCUAACGGGUGGUGCGGGCGCCGACUUGCUGGACGGCUGGGAUAUGUCCUAGUCGAACAAUCCUAGGCAUUUCAACUAGCGGUGUUUUCCUUUGGUUGUUUACCGGGAGGGGGUGCCCGAGGCGUUUAUGUUCCUGGAAUUAGGUUCCUGGGAAUUGGGUUGGUCAUAUGCACGUCCUGGAAUAAAGCGAUGAAAAAAUGGAAGCGAAAUGGCAUUCUCACGUUGGGUAGCUAUGUCUACUUGAAAAGUUGCGGUUGGCUUUUAUGCCAUUGAGUUUGUAGUUUAUAACCUGGAUAUCUGUGCCUGGUUAUUCGUAUGUUUGUAUAGCCUUCAUAAGCUUUACUAACAUAGCUGCCUACUCAUUUAGCAAACCCAACAUUAAAUAGCAAUUACAUUCUCACGUUAUA